UAUUUAUAUUGAUCUUAUUCGAACAGUGCUUGGAGCCUUGAGGCUUUUGCUCAUCCCCAAUCUAACAACUAAUAUAAACCCACUAUACACUCGGUCGGUAUCCUUUGGUGCUCGAUUCAACUGAUAUUCUUCGGCACAAACGACGACAUUGGCAACAUGUCCGAAAUCGCUUCAAACGGAACGAAAAAAAGGAAACUCGCAGCAGACUCUCCUGGAAGAAAUGCUACAAGUGUUAGUCAAGUCUCUCAAUAUGAUGAUAAUGCCCCUCCGGGAAUGGAGUUUGUUCUUGCGGAAUUGUCCAGAUUACGAGAGCAGGUGAUGAAAUUGGAAAAUCAAGCAAGUGUCAAGAGUGAAGCAAACGCACACGAUUCAAAAAAUGGGAGACGAGCUAUUGCCGACCUAACUGGUGAAGAUACAUCACCUCUCGUGAAGUCGGAGCAUGGAUCAAGCGAGCGAUAUGACAGGGAUGACCUUUAUAAUGCGUAAGUCAGUAACUACACUUGUGGAAGCAACAUUGACUUACUAGCUUCUUUAGCACGCCCGUGCCAGAAGUGGUAAACGAUGGCAGGCGAGGACAAAAUACUACCAACGUUGAAGAACAUCUAGCAUCCAGAUCCUCCCCUCGAACACCUGCACUGCUUGCGAUGGACUUUCAAGAGGAUCCGCGACCAAAUGUGACUGAUAUCUCUAUCUGCCUUUACAAUGGGAUGCGAAUGCCUACUAUGGUGAGAAGAUUUCCUGUGAUACAAGAUUUGCAGCUUCCCCUUCAGCCAAACACAAAGUUUCACUAUGAUUUCUUACGCAACAUUUUUGGGGGAAAUCCAGUCGCGGACAAUUGGUACUUGUCAAAUGGUUCGAGAGGAAUCUUCAAUAAUGUCGGUCCUUACGCUUUGUUGAGCCGCGAAUUUGACCCUCUUCUACCUCGUCUUCCUGGUGCACAUGGUGCUCAUAUCACACCAUAUUUAGCGGAGAUUGGGAUAGGUCAAACUUUCCCUCUUUUCAUUCGUGAUAUCGGGGCCUCACAUUUGCGAUAUUAUGGAACAUAUGAAGCCAUGCCAUCUGAUUGUCUCGGUCACAAUGAAAUGCUUGAGCUUCCAGAGCAGGUCAAACGUCAUUGGGCACAGAAGCUCGGGACAGGUUCCGCUAAUGGUUCAAAAGCUGCUUUGGUCGUUCAUGCUCUCAAAGAGAGAUGGCCAGCGGUUCGAGUCGGAUGGUGGGAUGCGAAAAAUGACAGCUAUAUGAAUAAAUAUGACUGGGAAAGCACAGGAAAUAAAGCUGUAACCAGGGCUAUCACUGAAGAAGAGGCUCAGCAUAUCACGGAAGGAGCAAUCAUGACAGCGUUUGAAAGGGUAUGUAUAUCUCCAACAACACGACAUAGCUCGCUAAUAGACUUCUGUAGCAAGAUCUUGAUAAUCCUCCGGGAGUUUCAUUGUGCUAUGAGUACCUCAAAUGUGUCGGGUACGAUUCUGAGAUGUAUCAAGCACUGGUGACCAAGAUGAACGAGCACUGAACAUAUUUAGAGCCUUUAUUGCUGUCCCUGGCCGCUCCUCCUGUUUGGGUGUAGCAAGAUUAACUCUUCAAUCUUUGAAACCAGUCAAAUUUAAUACAAUAGUAUUAAAGGUUAUAGUUGUAUAAUAUAUAGGAUAAGAAAUUAAAUUUCGAGUUAAUAAUAAUAAUAUCUGUAAUCAUACAAAACAAUCAUUUUCAUU